AUGCUGCCUACACCCGAUACUUCGCAUGUCUCCUUUGACACCAUCUACGAGCCAUCGGAGGACUCAUAUCUGUUUCUGGAUACCCUCUCUUCACCAUCAGAAUCAAAAUGGCUGUCAGAAAGAUUCAAAAAAGGCAGUCUCACAUCGCCGGAACUGAAUCCUGAUCCUGUACCAUUGGUUGUGGAGGCUGGGACAGGGUCUGGCGUGGUUCUCGGAUUCGUGGCAGCGCAAUCACAAGAGAUCUUUGGGCGCCGUGAUAUUCUCACAUUAGGGACCGAUGUGAACCGCAAUGCUUGCCUAGCCACCCGUGAAACUGUCACAAGCGCAAUAAAAUUACAACAACAAAGUCAGCCAUCCUCCAACAAAGAUAUCACCAACGCGAAAAGUGUCUAUAUCUCCUCGCUAGCUGGUGAUCUCUGCACGGCGUUGCGCCCAGGCAGUGUUGACGUCCUCCUUUUCAAUCCUCCUUACGUCCCAACUGAGGACUUGCCACGUUUACCAACGGCGGCAGAGAAUGAUCCUGCAGAAACACAAGCUCUGUCUCGGUCGGCGAAGUUUGAGAGUGAUUCGUACUUCCUGUCACUCACAUAUGCUGGUGGCGCCGAUGGUAUGGAGACAACCAACCGGUUACUAGAUGCUAUCCCUGAUAUACUAUCUCCCCGUGGAGCUGCCUAUGUACUGCUCUGCAAGCAAAACCGGCCCGACGAAGUGAAGGAGCGGAUCCGUGCCUGGGGCGGAUGGAACGCCGAGACCGUUGGCUCGAGUGGAAUGCAGGCAGGCUGGGAGAAGUUGGUCAUCAUUCGCAUCUGGAGAAACGAUACCAACUGA